AUGUCAGAACAACAACAAGAACCAAACAGCAACUACUUCUCCGUUCUCUCUUCGUUCCUUCUUCAACCAUCUUCUAAAAUUCUCUCAGGAAUUGGUCUCUGUACCUGUCUCUAUUAUGUAUAUUCAGGCUUAAAAUAUCUUUCUGAAAAGAUUAGUCUUCACCGUUCAAACAAUCAAAAUGCUACAUUGAUUCAAAAUACUAAUUGUGCAAUCGAGAAUACCCCUGUGGAUCAGUAUCAUCACGAAUUUUAUAUUCCAAAAUAUUUUUCAACAUUUAACAUCCAUCAGGAUACACCACACCAAGUUUCAGAUCAUGCUCGAAUGAAUAAUCAUCAUGACAAUUUCAAUUUUAAAAUUCAAUUCAUGAAAGAAAAUUCAUUUGCGUUAUUACUCACAUGGAAGGACGAGACACCUUCUCAAAUGUUCACGUCACAUGUUCCAUUUUUGAUUGAACCUGCAACAUCAUUGGAGAGUGUGACAUUGCAAUUUCACUUAGCUAAAACAAAUCCCCAUUGUAAAGCAUUAGAAGAAUUUUCCAAGUCUUGUUUUGAAUUUUCUCCUCGAUGGAAAUGCAUGGUUAUAUUUGCAGGUCCUCACUUUUACAUUUCACCAAAGUGGUAUGGUGAUCGAGAGGUUCAAAAAAGACAAGUUCCAACAUGGAACUUCACAUCGAUUCAUGCCAUGGCAGAUACCUGUCAAGUGAUACACGAUAUGAAUGGAAAGAAAGAAAUUGUAACACAACUUACAAAUGUCCAUGAAGAAUGGUUGUUGAAGACUACGAAAAAUCCAAACGAAAGUGAUCUAGUGAAAUAUGAUUUCUCACAGAUCGACGAAAAAUAUUCACAGGUGUUGCUGAAUGAAAUUGUUGGAUUUACCUUAAAUGUGAAGGAAGUGAAAGAAAAGUGGAAACUGUCACAAAAUAAGUCUUUUCCAGUGAUUCAAAGUGUGGUUGAGGGAUUGAAACGACAAGGAAGUGACUUGGCUGUACAAACAUCAGAGCUCAUGAACAUGAUGAAAAAGAAUGAAUAA